AUGGCCAAAGGCAACCAUUCAACAAUGACAGAGUUUAUCCUCUUAGGGCUCACAGAUAAUCCAGAACUUCAAACCAUUCUCUUUGGUAUAUUCCUAGUAGUCUACUUAGCUAGUGUCGUGGGUAAUCUUGGUUUGAUUGGGCUAAUUCAAAUCAGUCCUCAACUUAACACACCCAUGUAUUUUUUUCUCAGCCAUUUGGCUUUUGUUGAUUUUUCUUUUACUUCAUCUGUCACCCCCAACACCUUGGCAAAUUUUCUGUGUGACGAUAAAAGUAUAACAUUCUAUGCAUGUGCCAUUCAGUUAUGCUGUUUCAUCACAUUUGUUGUCUGUGAACAAUACUUGCUUACAAUCAUGGCAUAUGAUCGGUAUGUUGCCAUCUGUAACCCUUUACUUUAUGCUAUUCUCAUGCCUAGGAAACUCUGUAUUCAAAUAGUUGUUAGCUCCUAUGUUUAUGGAUUCACUGUGGGUCUUGUACAGGCAGUGGCUACAUUCCAUUUGUCUUUUUGUGACUCCAAUGUGGUCAACCACUUCUACUGUGACGAUGUUCCUCUAGUUGCUUUGGCCUGUUCUGACACUCGUGUCAAAGAGCUAAUGUUGUUAAUCAUUGCUGGGUUCAAUACCCUUUGUUCUUUAGUGAUUGUGAUCAUUUCUUAUGUCUUCAUCCUCUUUGCCAUCCUAAGGAUACAUUCUGCUGAAGGAAGACAGAAAGGGUUUUCUACCUGUGCUUCCCAUCUGACCUCUAUCACAAUAUUUUAUGGGACAGUCAUUUUUAUGUACCUUCAGCCCAAAUCAAGCCAUUCUCUGAACACAGAUAAAUUUGCCUCUGUGUUUUAUGUGGUGGUGAUUCCCAUGUUAAACCCAUUGAUCUAUAGCUUGAGAAAUCAGGAGGUAAGAAAUGCACUGAAGAGAAUCAUAGAAAAAUUGUGUUUGGCUAUCAAAUAA